AAUGGAUGCAAGAGGAAUGGACACAAGAGGAAUGGACACAAGAGGAAUGGAUGCAAAAGAAAUGGACAGAAGAUGAACUAGCAGAAUUCAAAAGAGUGGAAAAAAGACUUAUCAAUGAAAUUCUUAG